AUGGCCUCACUCAACAUUACACAACUCUUUGGCGUCAAAGGCCAUGUCGCAAUUGUCACAGGGGCCAGCAGUGGGCUGGGUUUUAUGAUCAGCAAGGGUCUCGUGGUCAAUGGGGCCAGAGUUUAUGUGGUGGCUCUACCCUCGGAGCCUAUCCAAGAAAAGGUGGCCGAGCUUAACGAACUUGGUCAAUCCUCAGGAGGAGUUGCAUUCAGCGUACCAUGCGACGUGUCGUCCAAGCGGAAUAUCCAGGUGCUUGCGGAUUACAUUAGCCACCGGGAGAGCCACCUCGAUAUCCUCGUCUCAAAUGCCGGUAUCCGACGAGAUCCCCCGGUCCAGUGUGACGUGCUGACGGCGCCUCUUCCGGAGCUACAGGGGUCAAUGUGGUCGUCGGUAGACACGGACUGGGCCGACACGUUUUCUGUCAACACUACAGCGCACUACUUUCUCUCCGUAGCUCUUCUGCCGUUGCUCUCUGCUGCAUCGCAGCUUGACCUAGGCAACAACCACCUCGGAAGAAGCCAGGGUCGCGGUGUCAUUAUCAUGACGAGUUCCUGCGCCAGCAUGCACAAUGCUACAAAUGUGGACCUCACGAGCUAUGCCACGAGCAAAGCAGCCACUGACCAUCUAGUCAGGCUGUUGGCAGCAAAGUUCAGCAGGUUCUAUGUCCGAGUGACGGGCAUCAAUCCAGGAUUCGUUCCGAGCAACAUGAACCCGGUCGGACAAGAAGGAAACAUGUUCAGUGCAUUAUUUGACCAGGUCCCUGCAAAACGAGCAGGGAACGAAGAGGACAUUGCUGGCGCGGUGCUCUAUCUCGCCAGCCGAGCUGGGUCAUACGUUGACGGAGUUUCCCUUGAGUCGGAUAUCACCCGAGACAAGAUAGAAGAGCUUGCCAGUAGGCUUAGCAUCCGACUCGGCCAUGGCCAAGAUGCCAAAGAUUACUUGCUGCUUUUACAGUCCUUCGAAGAAGUCAUGAAGCAGGUUGACCAGAUGUCGGAUUACACUCACCCUGCUCUCCAGGCUCAGCCCGUCUUGGGGAGCCGUCAAUUCUGGAAACCAACGGCCGAGGAGAACCCUUUUAAAGCUUGGAGUCAUCGAUGCAACCUCAUCUCAGCACAGCCGGAUAACCGACUUCUUGGCGGCCUGACUGUUGCUGUCAAGGACAACAUCUUAGUCGGUGGGCUGCCAACGACGCUCGGGACCUUUUCCUCCCUCUUUUCUGAAGACGGGACGCAUCCCGUCUCGGAAAUAGAUUCUACAGUGGUCUCUAGAAUCCUCAGGGCCGGCGCUGAAAUCAAAGGGACGUCUACUUGCGAGAGCUUCUGUGCAUCUCCCUUGUCGUUCACCUCAGCAACUGGCCCCGUCCACAACCCCCUCCUCCAUGGGUAUACCGCUGGUGGCAGCAGCAGUGGGUCCAGCGCUCUUGUUGCUGCACAUGCCUUGGCCCGUGGCCGAGACGGAAGUUGGGGCAGCACGGCGCGGAUAGCCAUAGGAAGUGACCAGGCUGGAUCAGUCCGUAUGCCUGCUUCCUUCAACGGCAUCUACGGCCUGAAGCCUACGUUUGGCUUGGUGCCAUACACUGGCGCGGCGUCCAUGUCGCCAAUGAUAGAUCAUAUAGGUCCUCUUGCAUCCAGUCUCGAUGACAUUGCGGCGUUGCUCGAGGUUAUGGCUGGGUACGAUGGUUUGGAUCCUCGGAUGAUGCCUGAAUCACCUCUGCGCCAUCAGGUUAAGAGAUACUCUCAGAUCUUGACAGAUUUCCGAGCGACGCUGGGUACAGCCCCUAGAGACUCUCCUCCGCUACGAGUCGGCCUGUUGAGCGAAUCAUUUCUUAUGCCUGGCGUCGCCCCCGCAGUCCGCGACACAGUCCUUGAAGCUGCCAGUCUCUACUUCCGAGAAGCGGGUGCAACUGUCGUGGACGUAUCAGUACCCAUGCACCUUGAUGGCCCUACGAUCUGGACAGCAUCGACAAGGCCGUCCAUGUCUGAAUGGAUGUGCAAGGGAAAGACGUCUGGCCAUCUCACUCACCUGCCGCCCCAUAUCAAGCCUAGAUGGCCUCCUACCCAGGAUACAUACCAGCUGCUGACCUCAUCCAACCCAGCCGUUGUCAACAUUAUCCUCAGCGGGCGACUUGCAGAGACUGACCUUGAACCAGGGUUGGAGGCAAAGGCUCAUCGAAAGGUCUUUGAGCUUCGAGCAGCUUACGAUCGGGCGUUGGAAGAUGUCGACGUCCUCGUAGCCCCGUGUGCACCAAGUGUCGCAAUGCCCCAUCCCGACCUGUCUACGGGUGGAGAAGAGGGAUCACACAUCCUGGAGAAGCUAUCCACAGCCAUCAGCUUGACGAGCAACACGUGUCCGUUCAACGUAACAGGGCAUCCCUCGUUGAGCGUACCUUGUGGGUUUUCCAGCCCUCAAGACCAGCCGGGGGCCCGACUGCCCAUCGGCAUGCAAAUCAUUGGACGACGCUGGAAUGAUGAGCAGGUGAUUAAGGCAGCGGAAUUGUUUAAAUGGGGCCGUAACUUGAAGUGA